ACACUCGGCUAACUUCACGCACGUGCAACGAAAGCUGAUCAGAGUUGUUUAAUAAUGGUGAUCGUCAUCACAUUAAAGUGUUGAAUUUCUGCAUAUUUUUGUGUAUUUCUAAUUAAUAAUCAAAGUUUCACGAUGUCUUUUAUGCCUCUGUGGCCGAAUCUGCAACCGAGGUCAACGGAUCCACUGUGGUUUAAUGCUGACAGACCGAUUGACGACGAAAGUGAAGUCGCCGCACUAGAAUUGGAACAUCAACACUGGCGAGAAGAAAUUCGAUCAGAAGGCUCUGAACAUGUUCCAAUUGGCAAGGAUUCCAGAGAUUUUCGUGGAUCCGAGGAAGAGGAGGAGGAGGAAGAAGAGGAAGAAGGUGAGGGUGAGGAGGAGGAAGAAUCAGACACUCAUGAAGAAGAGGAAGAGGAAUUAGAUGAAAUGGAUAUGGAUGUCAGUUAUUCACAUCAACAGCAAAGAUCCAGUCCAACGGAAACUGGAACCGAUACACCCUCGAUAAGAUUGGCAAAUAAUUUGGAGACGUCACUGGAUUAAAAUAAAGGAGAGUGAAUGUCCCUGGCUGUGACUCACGAGUUGAAUUUUGAACUCUUGGAAGGAUAAAAAUAAAAAUAAAAUGAAAAAGGAAUAGCAAACUUUCAAAUAGUGGAAAAAGGAU